CUCAGUUCUGAUUCGUAUGGGCUCCGCGGAGUUCCGCUUGCGUCAGGCGCCUUCGCCCCUAUAGCGGGGCGGCCAGUCGCGCACGGGCGAGUUCAUCUCCAAGUCACUUUUUGUAAACGCCCCGCACAGCCCGGACCGGCCUGCCCCCUCCCAGCGAGCUGAGGGGGCCCGGCGGACGACCGGGCUCACGCUUUCGCAAGCCCUUGCAAUCCGCGGGUGCUGGCUCUGCGGAUUGGGCCGGGAGAUGCCGAGGGCUCCGGCGGGGUCCGUCCGCACUCGGCCAGUGCCCAGGGAGCUCGGGCCCUAGCGAGGAGAGGCGCGCCAAGCCUCCUCGCGGCUUUCAGGUCUUCCCGCCCGGGCGCCGCCUGCGGACGCAGUGCCAGAGACCCGCCGACGGGGCGCGGCGUCCGCUCCCGCACCUGCCCUGCUCCCACAAGGCCGGAUAGCCGGCGCGAGCAAUUCACUAAGAUCUGACGGAGGGAUGGAGGAAGACGCUUCUCUCGCACGGCCCGGAAUCCUGCAACAGCCGCGGAAGGGGCUGCGCCUGGGGAUCCCGGCGGCCGGGUCCUGCCGGGUGAACGGCCCAGGGGCCCGGAGGCAGGCAGCGCUUCCCGGGCGCGAUUCAGCUGGCCCCGUGUUGCCGUGGGCUGCCCCGAACCGGGUCCCGCGGUGCCCUUUCCUGGCGGGGCCCUGAAAUAAACACCGGAUUCCCGCCCCGCGCGAGGACCGAGGAACUGAGCCCGCUGCAGCCUUCUCCUGUGGGCCUUUCGUGCGCAAGGCGGGAAAAGGAAGCCUGGAUGCGUUCAUCAGUACAUCCCUAUACAACUGCACGCCUCACCUGUUAGCGCUACUCCUAGCCCCAUCUACAUGCCCGUGGACUCCAGGUCUCUCUAAUCCCGUUACAUUCCUCCAUCACUUCUCUCCAAUCAACCGUGUAUCCCCUCCGGUUCUCUUUUACCCACUACUCUCUCACACUCACCUGUUACAUAUAUUAGUUCAGAUCCUGCACAUUUUGGUGGAAAACAUGUCACUCUGAUGCCUGCACUUUAAGCCUCCUUACACACUUGGGCACUCAGCAAUCUCAUGACACAGAGUACCUCUUGAGUCCACAUCUGCAAGUCUGACUUCUAGAAGCCUGUUGAUUCUCUGAUGUCUUUGGCCUGGGGUUAGGGUGACUGGGCUGCCACCUGGAUAUUCCCUUGGUGAUGUUGCUGCUCAGAGUUCUUUAAGAAGCUCAGGUACAGAACAUACCCUCAUGCACUUUAUUUAAAAUUUUUUUAAUGUUUAUUCAUUUUUGAGAGAGAGAGAGAGAGAGAGAGAGAGAGAGAAGAAAAACAUGAGCAGGGGAGGGGCAGAGAGAGAGGGAGACACAGAAUCCGAAGCAGGCUCCAGGCUGUCAGUACAGAGCCUGACUUGGGGCUCAAACCCACAAACUGAGAUCAUGACCUGAGCUGAAGUCAGAGGCUUAACUGGCUGAGCCACCCAGGCGUCACUCUGUCACAUACUUUAACACACACAGGCCACUCACACAGGCUUCCUCUCUGUUUGGUAGCUGAGCUCCCUAUCACUUUGACAGGCUGCAGCCUGGUGCUUGGUUCCUCUGCACACCCACACAGUGCCCCCAGGCCAGCCAUAUUAUUCUGCCAGGUUGGGAUUAGCAGUCACUUACCCAAAUAUGUGCUUGGGAGAAAGAGUACGAGAAGAGGGAAGUGGAGAGAGAAGGAGAGGGAGAGAGGGAGAGAGGCCACUACCCAUUCUGGGGAAUGGCUGUUUGAUGAGAGCUGUUUCCAGUUGGUAUCUUAGUGGAUCCUACCCCCCUCAUCCCUUGGGUGGUUGGGCUGGGAGGCAGUAGGCUGGAGUUCUGGGCUUCUCCUUACUUCACUGAUGUUGGGCCUCAAGUUCACUAGCACCUCUUUGUCCCAAGGAGAGUGUGCCCUACCCUUUACCAGGCAGACUGUGGGGGCUGUUGUAGCCAUUUCUCCUGGCUGAGCCUAACUUAGGGAAAAAAGGCAGAGGGGGCUGGUUCAUGAGUCCUGCAGGAACUUCUCUCUCCAAAGACUUCUGGAGUGCUCCCAGAGAGAGAAUUCUAGGGUGGCAGGAGCUGCUGACCUGCUUCCUUUGGUAUCCCAUGGCCAUGACUCCCAUGGCCAAAAGCCAUUUUGUUCAGCCCUGAACAGUGAGUGCGUUGCCACCAGCGCUCCUGCCCCAUGCUUGAGAGUGUGAUGUGUUGUUGUUUAAAGUUGCCUUGUUGCCUUUCUCCACACCCAGACUGUAAGUCUUGAAGGGUAGAGACUCUGUCCUUCAGUUCUCACUCAGUGCUUCCCACCAGGAUUGGUUUAAUGCACUCUAAUGGCAUUGGAGAAUGCCUCCACUCCAUGGAGAGUUGAGAGGUGCCACUUUCCUUGUAGUGAAGCUGAAAUUUCCAAGAAAGGGACUGGAGGUAGGGAAGAGUGGCUGGACCAUGGGGGGGCAGCUCAGGAUCCAAGAGUCCUCUGCCAUCUGGGGCUAUCUGUUCAUUACAGCUGCACAGCCAUGCUGCUGGACCUUAGGCUAGGACAUAGGACACCUUCCUGGUUCCCUGAUCAUGGUGAGGACCUGUGUGAAACAUUUAAACUAAACUUUACUAGUAAUAGAAUGGCUUUGCAUCUGCAGCAGCCAGCUAAAUGUAAGGCCUGCUGUCUGGAGUCCCAAGUAGGCCCAAGAGGGGGUGGCUGAAAGAGCCCUUCCUCUUGGUCCUCAUUCCCUGAUCAAGUGUUUUUUCUACAAAUGGGUGCCGUGUAAGGAGCCUUUGUGCAGGAGGGCAGUUUUAGAUUCCUAUCUUUGAUGAAGUUUGGAAGAAGGGAGAGAGAAGGGCUGAGUUUUGUGUUUUGCAUUCUGAAGAUUUCCCUCAUGCUAAGUUGGGGUGUGUGUGUGUGUGUGUGUGUGUGUGUGUGUGUGUAUACUGUAUAACUUGCAUAUGUAAACAAUAAGCAUCUCAAGUAUACAGUGUGAUUAUUUUUAUCUACAGUGCACCAUGUAACCACCACCCUGAUCAAGAUAUGGAAUGUUAACAUUUUUGUCACCUCAGAAGGUUUCCUUAUAUUUUUUCCUCUUCAAUACCUGCUCCCAAAAGAUAACUGUAUUCUGAUUCCUACCACCAUAGAUUAACUUUGCCUGCAUAUAAAUGGGGCAGGCAACAUGUACUCUUUUGUGUUUGGUUUCUUCUGCAUAACAUAAUAUAAUUUAUUGUCAAAUUGGUUAACAUACAGUGUAUAUACAAUGGGCUCUUGGUUUUGGGGGUAGAUUCCCAUGAUUCAUCGCUUACAUACAACACCCAGUGCUCAUCCCAACAGGUGCCCUCCUCAAUGCCCAUCCCCCACUUUCCCCUCUCCCCCAUCCCCCCAUCAACCCUCAGUUUGUUCUCUUAAUAUUAAACACUUAAUUUAAGAGUC